AUGCGCCUGGAGCGUUCCUGCGUAGUCGUUUUCCAGAUUCUCCUCUGUGUGGAGGUGAACUGCAACAAGUUGAAUGUGGCGAGCCUGAGCGUGGCGCAGGGUGGCAGGGGCGAUAGUUCCGAAGAUGGCGCCUGGACAUUGCAGGCCGCUGCUCCUGCACCGGCGCCGUCACCCAAUUUCCAGACUUUCGACUCUGCUCUGGGUCUGGGUCCCCCUGGCGUGCGUGGUCCUGCUGGGCCGAAGGGCAGAAAAGGACGGACAGGACGACGGGGCCCCCCUGGCCCGCCUGGAGGUCUAGGCAUGCCUCCCUUGGGGUCCAUGCCGAUGCCUUUGGCGUAUCCUAUGAUGAGCCCAUAUAUGAACCCGAUGAAUCCCAUGACCAUGGGCCCGUUCGCCGGGACGCAGCCCGCGAGCCCGUUCGCGCAAGUUCCUCUGGCAUCUCCUCCGGCUCCAGUCGAGGCCACGACCACGCAGCCAGCGGCCGCCCUGUCGCCCAAGGCUGCCGUGGAGUACUUUCCUGCGGUGCCCGCACCGGCCCCAGCUGCUUUGGAGGCUUCGUCUGCACAAAGGCAUGGCGUGUGA